AUGAAUGCUAGGACAGGUGACAUGACAGUGUUGAUGCUGGAGAGUUUUACUGGUGGAUGUUGCAGGUGCAGUGAACCCAAGAACAAGGAGGAAUCGGUGAUGGAUUACAGAUGGGCAGAGAUUGCUGGAAAUGAAGAAAGGAGGAAUCUUUCAUAUCUGAGUCUUGGCUCCAACAAUCUCACUGGAAAUAUUUCAAAUGAGAUUGGAACAGCUGGAGAAUUGAGGUAUCUUUUAUUAAAUGACAACAAUCUCAAUGGUACUCCUAAAUCUAUCGGCAAGCUUCAAAACUUGAUAGUUCUCGACUUAGCCAACAACAAGUUUGAAGGCAAUAUACCUACCGAAUUUUGUUCAUUACGUGACCUUCAUAUCCUUUCUUUAAAGUCAAACAAAUUUAAUGGGUCAAUCCCUAUGGAGAUAAGUUAUUUGCAUCAACUUCGUAUCUUGGACUUAUCACAAAAUAGUCUUAACAACCAAAUUCCUGGCAGCAUGGGGAACCUGAAGAAGCUAGUGAGUAGACUUAAUGACACAUUCUCGAUUGACGAUUAUGUCUCGAACUUCGUACGAGUGGAUAUGAUGAUCAAAGGGAAUAACGUCGAGGUUGAGAUACUAUUCAGCUAUACCUCAGCAAUCGAUCUAUCAUGCAGUAACCUUGAUGGAAACAUUCCAAAAGAGAUAAGUUUACUAAAACGACUUUAUAUGCUUAAUUUGUCCCACAAUCAUUUCUCAGCUUUUCUCUGGAACGAUUUAUUGUGCGGAUUCCCUACAAAUAAAGUUCGCGAGGGUGAAAGUAAUACUAGUGUUGGUGACACUAAUCCUAUAACUGAAGUUGAAGAAGGUGAUCAAGAGGAUGCAAAUGAGAGAAUAUUGUUUUGUGGUGUUACCGCUAUAGGGUUUGGAGUUGGAUUCUGGGGUUUGUUUCUUAUUUUGCUUCUUAAAAAAAAUAAAUGGUGGUUUGGAUAUUGGAGAGUUAUCGAUUCUGUUAUACUAAAACAAAAAGUUUUAGAACGUUUGGAGAAUAUAGUGCAUUUUGUCAAUGCCGGAGGAGUUCCGGUAAUAACUAAAAUUAUGCAGGAUGAGGAAUUGGGUUAUGAUUUUUAUGGGUCUGCAAUUGCUGCAGUGAAUGAUUGUCCUGCUGCUUUUGACAAGUUUGUGAAUGAUGCUUUGGGAUUUGACAUUGCGAUGAUCCCUGCUUCCAUGGAUAUAGGAAGUCUCCUAUUUUAUUACAAUAAUCUGCAUUAUUUAUAUCAAGGAAAAACUGCAGAACUUCAUUGGAGAACUUCUUAUAAUGUCGUGCGUGAUUAA